AUGCUUAGAGCUUUCAAGAGUGCUAUUCCACGCACUCAACUUUUACACAGCAAAAAAGUAAACUACUUUGCCACAACCACCAAGAGAUUUUUGGCCACUGAUACUUUUUUGCAAGGAAACAACUCCAACUAUGUUGACGAGAUGUACGAGGCUUGGAGACAAGACCCUUCAAGUGUCCAUGCCUCAUGGAAUGCUUACUUCAAAAACAUUGAAAACAGCAAUGUCCCACCAUCACAAGCUUUCCAAGCACCUCCAACCUUGGUACCAACUGUUUCAGGUGGUGCCGCCGGUUUUGUCCCCGGCGCAAGCGGCUCAGCCAACAACCAAGAUGUCGUUACCCACUUGAAGGUGCAAUUGCUUGUUAGAGCUUACCAAGUUAGAGGUCACCAAAAGGCCAAGAUUGAUCCUUUGGGAAUCUCCUUUGGCGAUAGUGCUGAUACUCCAAAAGAGUUGACUUUGGAAUUUUAUGGCUUCACCGAAAAGGACUUGGACAAGGAGAUCACUUUGGGUCCAGGUAUCUUGCCCAGAUUUGCUCAAGGAGACAAGAAGGAAAUGACCUUGAGAGAAAUCAUCAAGGCCUGCGAAGACUUGUACUGUUCCUCUUAUGGUGUUGAAUACGUCCACAUUCCAUCAAAGACCCAAUGUGACUGGUUGAGAGAGAGAAUUGAAAUUCCACAACCAUUCAAAUACUCACAAGACCAAAAGAGACAAAUUUUGGACCGUUUGAUUUGGGCAACCUCAUUUGAAUCAUUCUUGUCCACUAAAUUCGCCAACGACAAGAGAUUUGGUUUGGAAGGUUGUGAAGCCAUGGUUCCAGCAAUGAAGGCCUUGAUUGAUACCUCGGUCGAAUACGGUGUUGAAGAUAUCGUUAUUGGUAUGCCACACAGAGGUAGAUUGAACAUGUUGUCCAAUGUUGUGCGUAAACCAAACGAAUCAAUCUUUUCCGAGUUCUCUGGCUCAAGAGAAUUCGAUGAAGGUUCAGGUGAUGUCAAGUACCACUUGGGUAUGAACUACCAAAGACCAACCACCUCGGGUAAGCACGUUAAUUUGUCCUUGGUUGCCAACCCAUCACACUUGGAAUCUGAAGAUGGUGUUGUUUUGGGUAAGACUCGUGCUAUCCAACAGUACAAGAACGAUGUAGGCGAAUACAAGAAGGCCAUGUCAGUCUUGUUACAUGGUGACGCCGCUUUUGCUGCCCAAGGUGUCGUUUACGAAACAAUGGGUUUUGCAAACUUGCCAGCAUACUCCACUGGUGGUACCAUUCACGUUAUUGUCAAUAACCAAAUUGGUUUUACCACUGAUCCUAGAUUUGCUAGAUCAACCUUGUACCCAUCUGACAUUGCCAAGAGUAUUAAUGCUCCAAUCUUCCACGUGAAUGCCGAUGACGUUGAAGCAUGUACUUUUGUCUUUAACUUGGCUGCUGAGUGGAGAGCAACAUACCACACUGAUGUUAUCAUUGAUGUUGUUGGUUACAGAAAACACGGUCACAAUGAAACAGAUCAACCAGCAUUUACCCAACCAUUGAUGUAUCAAGAAAUCUCGAAAAAGAAGUCUGUCAUUGACAUUUAUGCUAAGCAAUUGAUUGACGAAGGUACUUUUACUGCAGAAGAUAUCGAAGAGCACAAGAAAUGGGUAUGGAACAUCUUGGAAGAAUCAUUCUCCAAGGCCAAGGACUACGAGCCAACAUCAAGAGAAUGGUUGACUACACCAUGGGAAGACUUUAAGUCACCUAAAGAAUUGGCCACCGAAGUGUUGCCACACUUUCCAACUGCAGUCGAUGAAGCAACUUUGAAAAAGAUUGGUGAUGCUAUUUCAGAAGUUCCUGAAGGCUUUGAAGUCCACAGAAACUUGAAGCGUAUCUUGAACCAACGUAAAAAGACAGUUGAAUCCGGUGAAGGUAUCGACUACGCUACUGGUGAAGCUCUUGCUUACGGUUCUUUGGCUCUUGAAGGUUACCAUGUUAGAGUUUCAGGUCAAGAUGUCGAGAGAGGUACUUUUUCACAAAGACACGCGGUCUUGCAUGACCAAAAGUCUGAAAGUACAUGGACACCAUUGUCCAACUUGAGCGAUGAUCAAGGUGUUUUCAGUAUUUCAAACUCCUCGUUGUCUGAGUAUGGUGUAUUGGGAUUUGAAUAUGGUUACUCCUUGACUUCACCUGAUGCAUUGGUUGAAUGGGAAGCACAAUUUGGUGAUUUCGCAAACACUGCACAAGUCAUUAUUGAUCAAUUCAUUGCCGGUGCCGAGUCUAAGUGGAAGCAAAGAUCUGGUAUUGUUUUGUCAUUGCCUCAUGGUUAUGAUGGCCAAGGUCCAGAGCAUUCCUCUGGUAGAAUUGAGAGAUACUUGCAAUUAUGUAACGAAGACCCACGUCAUUUCCCAACUCCAGAGAAAUUAGAACGUCAACAUCAAGAUAGUAAUAUGCAAGUUGCAUACCCAACUACACCAGCUAAUGUCUUCCACUUGUUGCGUCGUCAAAUGCACAGACAAUUCAGAAAGCCAUUAAUUUUGUUCUUUUCAAAGUCAUUAUUGCGUCAUCCAUUGGCCAGAUCCGAGUUGAAGGAUUUCACUGGUGACUCUGGUUUCCAAUGGAUCAUUGAAGAUGUGCUUGGUGACAAGUCCGAGGUGAAGAGGGUUGUUCUUAUGACUGGUCAAGUCUACACCUUGUUGCACAAGAAGAGACAACAAUUGGAAGACAAGACCACUGCAUUUAUCAAGAUUGAACAAUUGAACCCAUUCCCAUUUGCUCAAUUGCGUGAUGCAUUGAAUGAGUACCCAAACAUUGAAGAUUUGGUAUGGUGUCAAGAAGAGCCAUUGAACAUGGGUGCUUGGUCUUUUGUUGUGCCAAGAGUUGAGUCUACAUUGAAUGAAACCGACAAGUACAAGGACUUGAAGUUGAGAUAUGCUGGAAGAGACCCAAGCGCUUCGGUUGCUGCCGGUUCUAAGGCAAUGCAUUUGGCUGAAGAAGAGCAAGUUUUGGAAGAAGUAUUUCAGUAA